GUCAUAGGCUCGUGGCGUCUAGUCCAGGUAGCAGAAGUCUGCAAAGUCAAUGCAAAGAUCCUCCUGACAAGACUAAAAUGGCUGGUGUUAUAAGAGGGCGGCGAAGUCCACCUUUUGACCAACCCAACAUGGCAGAGGAUGUCAACGUUUUAUCAAAGCUGAAUGUGGUUCUGUGUGGGAGUGACAGAGAAUCAAAAUGCUUCAUAUCAAACUUCAUCCUGAACCAGAGAGAGAUCAGAUCAGAACUAAGAGAGUGUGUGAAGCUGGAGGGGGAAGUUCAUGGACGUCUGAUCACUCUGGUGGAGCUUCCAGUUCUUACUCAUCUCUCAGAGAAGGAAGUGAUGCGUCAGACUCUACGAUGUGUGUCUCUCUGUGAUCCUGGAGUUCAUGUGUUCCUCUUCAUUGUUUCUGAUGGUCCAAUUUCUGAUGAAGACAAAAGAGAAACAGAGGAGAUUCAGAAAGUAUUUAGCUCAAAGAUCUACAACCACAUCAUGGUGCUCAUACUCCAGAAGCCAGAGCACAAGACUCAAGAACUGAAUAAAGAAAUGAAAUCAGUCAUUGAGGGUUUUGGGGGAAGACAUCACUUCCUUGAGCCAAACACACACGUCUCCAUGUUGGUGACUGAACUGGAGCAGAUGGUGGAAGAAAAUAGAAGCUGUUACUCCACAGAAACAUUUUUGGAUUCACAUUUAAAGACAUUUGAAGAAAUGAGGAAGAAAAUAAUCUCAUUAGAGACACAGAUUCAGCAAGAAACAGAAUUGCGAACCACUGAUGUGUUAUCUUUUAUCCAUUUACUGCACUACUACACACUUAUAACUAGUGCAGUUUUCUUUUUUUCAGAUUCAACAGAGGCUUCAGAUGACCUGAGGAUUGUCCUGCUGGGAAAAACUGGAGCUGGAAAGAGUGCAACAGGAAACACCAUCUUAGGGAGAGAAGCAUUUAAAGAAGAUGUGUCACAUGAUUCAGUAACUAAAGAGUGUCAAAGAGAGACAGCUGAGAUUGAUGGCAGACAAAUGACAGUAAUCGACACUCCAGGACUGUUUGAUACUAAACUCAGUCAUGAAGAGAUCCAGAGAGAAAUCACCAACUGCAUCUCCAUGAUUCUGCCAGGACCACAUGUGUUUCUCUUAUUGAUAUCAGUGAGCCGUUUCACUCAGGAGGAGGAAAACACUGUGAAGAUCAUUCAGGAGACUUUUGGUGAAAACUCAUUAAUGUACACCAUGGUGCUCUUCACCAGAGGAGAUGAUCUGAAGAAGAAGACCAUUGAAGCGUAUCUGGGAAAACCUGAUUCUGAUUUGAUGAAGAUCAUUGAACAGUGUGGAAACAGAUACCAUGUGUUCAAUAAUAAUAUGACUGAAGACCGUGUGCAGGUGUCUGAACUACUGAAGAAAAUCAGUGACAUGGUGACAGCAAAUGGAGGGAGUUACUACACGUGUAAGAUGUUCAGACAGAUGGAAAGAGAAAAACAAGAAGCAGAAAUGAAGAUGCUAAUGGACAAAGUGGAGGAACAGAAGAGAGAGAAAGAAGAACUCCUGUCUAAACAUGAAGAAGAGAAAGAGAGCACGAGAAAGAAGAUGGAGGAAGAAAGACAGAAUAAUGACCAAGAGAGGAGAAAAAGAGAAGAACAAUACAAAACAGAAAAAGAGAAAUGGGAGACAAAGUUACAAAAGGAAAGAAAGAGAAUAGAAGAUGAAUUUGAGAAAAGGAGGGAGAAAGAACAACAGAUUAGGGAUGAAAGUUACCAGAGACUUAAAGAAGAGAGAGAUGAAAUCAAAAAAGAAAAAGAAGAUCUUAAGACCAAAUAUGAAGUAGAAAUAAAAGAGAUAAAAUUAUUAGAACAACCGAAACAAGACGAACUAAUGAGACUAAAAUCAGCAGACUAUGAAGAAGACAGAAUAAAAGACAUGGAGAACAUGAAAAUGUGCUGCUCCCAAACAGCCUCUGCUCUACAGAGAUAUGAGACUAGCCAAAACCAAAAGCUUGGACCAAAAAACAAUGAACAGCUCAACAAACUUUACCACAGACUGGAUCUGACAAAAAGGCUUCAGAAUAAAAUGAGAACAGAAAACAUUCUUGAAAUCAAGUCUACACUUCAGUCCCAGGAGCCACAGCAAGAGGCUGAACUGGUAAACUCAUUUCUACAAAAGCUGAUGAACAUGAAAUACAGGGCAAGAUACACUGUCAUAAAACACAGAGAAAAAGACAGAAAGCAAGACUACAAUCAUGAUAUUCACCCAAUGGAUGUUCAGAUGGCCGCGUUUCAUUGUGCUGAUGGUUUCCUGAAGCAGAUGAUGGUGACUAAACUCUCACAGUGUCAGUAUGCACUGCCUCUGCUUGUUCCUGAUCCAUUCACACAACAGAUUGAGUUUCCUCUCUGGACAUUCAGACAAAUCAACAAGAGCUGGAAGAUGAAGAACAGCAACAAUGAGAUCAUCAGUCAAACCCAGCCGGUCUACAAGGCUGAGACUCCAAUGGUGUCUUUCUUCAGGUUUGGCUCUGUGUCUUCAUCUAAGUCUCAGCUGAUGAACAGCCUCAUCAAUGAGAAACACAACACGUUCUUCCACAGGAACUGCUCAGGCAGCAGCAGAACCAGAUUACUGAUGGAUGGAGUGGUGGAGAUCGCCUGGUACUGUCCUUCUGGGAAAAAGACAGAUGCAUUUGAUGACUGUGUUGCUUUCUGUAAUCUUCAUGGAGAUGCAGGAGAGAAUGAGGAACAAUAUGAGAUUCUGACCAGUACGGCUUCAGUAAAUGUCCUCUUCUUACCUGAUUUAGGACAGAAAAACCAGUACAAGGGUUUGGUGAGAUCACUCUUCAGAUCUCCUCAGCCUCUCAUUUGUCUGCUGACUGACAAUAACUGUGAUAAAACUGAACUAGGCGAUGGGAAAUUCAUAUUUGGUCUUUUAACAAAAAACCAAGCUGAUUUAUCUGAGCAAAUAAGAGAGACUGUCAGAGAGAGUUUGACCAAACAGAAAAAGACUUUCAAGCUUGAAGAUGUGGCCAAACACACAGGAAUCAGAGUAGAUGAGGAUGAUCCAGAGUGUCAGAGAGGAAAACAAGCAGCAGAUCAGAUCAUGUGUUUACUGAGAGGAAAAGAUCCAUCAACCGUGAAAGAAACAAUCCUGCCCUGUCAGGGGAAACUGUGGCAUGACUGGUGUGACAUGAACAAAAAACUGCAUCGCCUUAGAGGAGAAAAUCUAGAAGAAGAUAAAAGUACCAAACUAAAGAACAUGAGAGAAAUAAGAGAAAAACAGAUGGACCAAGGAUUGAGUGAGUUUAUGAGGAAAUUUAUUGAAACAAUGAAAUCACAGAAAGACGAUGAAAAAAAGUUUUUCCUCAGAUGGAUGAUGAACCUGUUGAAUGACUUCACUUCAGAGAACCUCUGUGAACUUCAUAAGGUGCAUGCUGUGAAAUGGCAAGAAGUCUCAACAUUGAAAAAGGUUCACAAAUCAGAUCAACUGCAGACUGAACAAACAAAUCUAGAAAACAUAUCAGAGCAAAUUAACAGGACAAGUUUUGGCUUGGAGCACAUCCUGAGAGAGUUUGGUCAGAUCUAUGAAUCGUGGUCAUCUGUGAAGAAGAACAAGAAAGAUCAUCUGCAGUUUGACUUCUGUUCUCUCCCGAGUCUUGCAGCAGAGAUGAUGAUCUCAGGUUUCCCCAUGGAGCUGAUGGAUGGAGAUGCUGCUCAUGUUCCUCUCUUCUGGGUCACUGCUGUUCUAGAUCAACUUGUUAAGAAACUGGGAGACCAGAAACUCUUUGUGCUGUCAGUUUUAGGGAUUCAGAGCUCUGGGAAAUCCACUAUGCUGAAUGCCAUGUUUGGACUCCAGUUUGCGGUCAGUGCUGGCAGAUGCACCAGAGGAGCUUUCAUGCAGCUGAUCAAAGUGUCAGAAGAAAUGAAAACAGAGCUAAAGUUUGAUUAUAUUCUGGUUGUUGAUACAGAGGGACUUCGUGCACCAGAACUGUCUGGAAGGUCAACAACACAUCGUGACAAUGAGAUGGCAACAUUUGUUGUUGGUCUUGGAAAUAUGACUCUGAUCAAUAUAUUUGGAGAAAACUCAUCUGAGAUGCAGGACAUUCUUCAGAUUGUUGUCCAGGCCUUCAUGAGGAUGAAUAAAGUCAGACUGAAUCCAAGCUGCAUGUUUGUGCAUCAGAAUGUCUCAGAUAUUACAGCUGAUGAGAAAAACACAGAGGGAAGGAGACGACUGCAGGAGAAACUGGACAACAUGACAGAACUCGCUGCUAGAGAAGAAGUCUGUGAUGCAGAACAAUUCAGUGAUGUGAUUGCAUUUGAUAUCCAGGAAGAUGUGAAGUAUUUCCCGCAGCUCUGGGAGGGCAGUCCACCCAUGGCUCCACCAAACCCAAACUACUGCGAGAACAUUCUAGAACUGAAACAAACUAUUGUAACACAUGCUUCAAAAUCAGACGGCAUAAUGAUGACACACCUGAGAGACCGCAUUCAAGAUCUCUGGGAGGCUUUGCUUAAUGAACAGUUUGUGUUCAGCUUCAAAAAUUCCCUGGAAAUCAUGACAUACAAGAAACUAGAGACAGAAUACAGCAAGUGGACCUGGAGUCUUCGGAGUGCCAUGCUGGAAACUGAAAACAAGCUUCAGAAUAAAACAGGAAAUGAAGCAAUUAAUUCUGUCGAGGAAACUGAUCUUCAAAAAGAACUAAGUGUAAAAAGUGAAGAAGUGAAAAAGACAAUGUCUGAUUUCUUUGAGAAAGACAGGGAUGCAGGUAUACUGAAUCAGUGGAAAGCUUCAUUUGAGAUAAAAAUCAAAGAGCUUCAAGAAAACAUUGUGAGGGAAACUAUGAGGAAAUUAAAUGAGGUUCUUCAGCAGCGUGAACUUAAGAAAAAGAUUGAUGCUCAGAGAAAUCAACACGAAAACACUCUCUUUGAAAAGAGCAAAGACCUUGCCUUGAAAUUUAAAGACCAAGCAACUGAUGAAAAUCACAUGAAAUCACAGUUUGAUUCCUUUUGGAGACGACAGACAGAAGCGAUCAUCAGAGACACUCCUAAAAUCAAAGAUAUUGAUAUAUUAACAGAUGUGAAGAAGCUCCUAAUUCAGACUUAUGAAAGUCUCCCUUCAGACCGUAUGAAAGACAGCAGUCAGUUCAAAGAUAUGUUCAGUUUGCCAAGCUAUUCAGAAUAUGUUCAGUUAAAGAAAUCCAGUGGAAUUAAAGGACCUUUCAAAAAUGUGUGCAAAGUAGUUAAAGAGAAGGCUGGUUUUGCUUUAUCUAAAGAGGAUGAAGUUCAGAUAAGAGCCUUGAUCACAGACAUCGCAAACCAAACAGAUGAAAUGAUUCAUACAUUUAACAUCGCAAAGUUGGGCUACAACAUCAGCUGCAUUCAACAACUCAUAAAUUACAUGAAGAUGAGAAUGAAAGAGCAUGAAGAUGGGCCAGAAGUGAAAUAUGUGUUCAAGCGUGAAUUCUUCGUGGAUCUGAUACUUUACAUAAGCCAUAAAUCAAAAAAGACAUUCACAGAUCAAUACAAAAUCUUCAGGGAAAUCAAUGAUCCUGUUCUCUAUUUUGAGAGGAAAAGUGAAGAGUACUACAGCAUUUUCCAGAAAUACUGCCAAAGAGCAUCAUCAUCUGCUAUUUUUGGUGAAUUUGUUUGUAAAAAACUCAAAGAUCCCAUUCAGCAGAAUGUCUACAAAAAAACUGCCAGAGAUUUAGCAGAUGAAAUGAGGACAAACUGUGAAUCACUGAAUGGGAACCGAUCAAAUCUGGAGAAACACAUCCUGAGGACACUGGCAGAAAAACAGGACUUCAACACAUACAUGACCUACAUUAAAAAUCCCAAAGAACACUUCAAGAAUUUCAUCAGAGCUGAAGUCAGUCAGUACAUCACUGAACGAUUUGAAGAUAGUGUUCGACCCAAGAUGGAAAACAGCAUUAAACUCCUGGAGCAGAUGAUCACAGAAGCAGCACAUGAAUCCAGCAAACAUGCUAAUUUUGAUUUGUGGUUGCUUCAUUUCACUCAACAGCUCUCUGAUGUGCUGGUAUUCUCUAAAAGUGAUCUCACUGGAGUGAAUCAUGAUGAUGUUGAAGUCAGAUUCCUUGAAGAUGUGAUGAAGAGAGAACUUACUUUUAUAAUAUUUGACAUAAUCUGUAAAUUCAGCACAGAAACGUUUCCAGUAAAGCUGGAGCACAAAGACAGACCAGAUGAGAUUCUUAUUGAUUACCUCUGUGAUUGCUGUUGGGUUCAGUGUCCUUUCUGUGCAGCCAUCUGCACCAACACAAUAGAAAACCAUCCUGGAGACCACAGUGUGCCUUUCCAUCAUGUUUUUGGACUGAAUGGGUGGAGCUACAGAGGAACAACAAAUCUAUCAAUCAGCAUAUGCACAUCAGAAGUAGCCAACGAUCAGUAUUUUUAUCCAGAUAGCUCAAAUGAUAAAGUCCUGUGGAAGGAAUACAGAAAAGGAGGUCCUAAAUAUGCUUCAUGGAGCAUCACCCCAGAUCUCUCUGAGCUGCCGUACUGGAAGUGGUUUGUGUGCAGAUUCCAAACAGACCUGGAAAAGUACUAUGGAAAAACUUUUCAGGGGCAAGACAAGAUUCCAGAUGAAUGGAGAAAAUACUCUCAAGAGGAAGCUAUUGAGAGUCUGAAUAAAUAUAUUUAAGGAACAAUUAUCAAAGACUUUGAUACAAAUACAGCUUAAAUAAACAUGUUCCACACUUCACUGACUGGAAAAAGCAGUUCACAGAAUAGAUAAGUUGUGUUGCAAUUACUAAAAAA